AUGGCAAAAUGUCAGGAACGUAAACAUCUGUUACAGAUAAUCAAACAGGUGCAUUUGGAGUUGUGUAAAAUAACAAAAAUGGUAUGCACUAUCCUCGGAGUACAGAUAGCUUGGGAGAUAGGAGAAAUUAUUGUAAUUCUCACUGGAUCACUUUACUAUUUCUACAUUCGAUACAUUACACAGCAGUAUAAAGCUUUGUUAGAGCAAACAAUUUUGAUAUUAGCAUUCAGUUUUAUGAGCAUUUUGAAAACCAUUUAUUUGGGUUGCGUUUGCAAGAAUGCCACUAAUGAGGCAAACAAAACCAUUGAAAUCAUUCACGCUAUUUAUGGAUGCGACGCAGAUACUGAUAUGCAGGAGGAAAUUCAACAGUUCAGUAUUCAAAUUUUACAAAGUCAGGUGACAUUCUUUGUUUAUGGUAUAACUCUGGAUAAUCGUAUCUUAAGCUCGAUUUUGAAAAGUGUAUCGACCUACGUAGUUAUCAUGAUACAAAUGAGUCAUUCGCUGGAAUUGAACGAUAAUGUGCAAUUAGAUGAAUAA